AUGAUGAAAAGGUAUUUACUUUAUUUAUUAUUGUUGAUCAUCGCACCACUUUUCUUUGGUGGUUAUGAUCGUCAUCAUCAUUUUGCUUUUGCACAAACAAUACCUGCUGAAGAAUUAAAUAGUGCAAUAUGGAUCAUCAAACAAUAUCGACUCGAUGUACCAAUGGAUCAGACAAUGUGUAGUAGUAUAAAUUUCGCUGUUUGCAAGAUAUCUAUUGAUGGUUUAUAUCAUUUAACUUCAAUGUAUGUCUAUUCAUAUCUAGAGAAUGAUAAUUCUUUUCGUUAUACUGGAGAUACCUAUUUAAUGACCAAUGGAAUGCCAGAUACAAAUCUACUAGCAUUUACCUUUCCAUUUUUGGAGAAUCUGAUCAUUCCUACUCCAUCUGUCAUUGCCGACCCUUCAUUAAACAUGCUCAACUUGAUCAAAAAUUUAACUCAACUUUAUUCAUUUGUGAUACAAGGGGUUGGUGAUCCAUCAAUCACAACCAUUCCAAUUGGAUUUAUGCAACAAGUACCAAAUAUCCUAUCGUUUGUAUGUCUGUGCAGCAUUACAGACAUUCCACAAUUAGGUUCAAAUAGCAAAUUGCAACAAUUGUCCAUCGAAUCCAAAACUAAUAUUAAUUUUGUGAUUGAUGAAUCUGUUUCAUUGCCAGCACUCCUGGAGCUCUCUAUCAACUAUUCUCCUUCGUCUCCCCAGUCACAUCGCAUCACUCAAGCUUCAUUCCCAAAAAUUACUCGACUUUCCUUUAUCUCUGAUACAUCUUACAAGAUAUCAAUUCAUCAUUCAACAACUAAACCAAAUUUAGAAAUCUUUUUAGGAACAUUAAUAUUUCAACCAGCUGUUUGGUUUGAGUUUACUACUACUAAUCCCUCAUCAAUCAAAAGUCUUGCUAUUCAUGGGAAAUAUUCAACCUAUUCCCCUUCCGAUUUAGAGAAUGAUUAUCCCAACCUCGAAUAUUUAGUAUUAAGUCAUAUUCAAUUCCUAAAUCAAUACCCUUUUUCAAACUUUCCUCCAAAAUUAAAUAGUUUGAAUAUAUUAAAUGCAGGUUUAAAGAUAAUUCCAUCCAUUCCUAUACCAUCUCGUAUGAAUGCACUUGGAUUUUAUAACAACUCUUUAGAAACAGUACCAUGGGGAAUAUUUUCAGACCUAACAUCAUUUAAUAUGAGAGUUCAUUUUGACCUUAAUUUAAAUCUGGGUGGAUCAGUUCCACCAAUGUUGUGCAACAAGAUCAACUACUUGUCAAUCACUAAUACUGCUUUGGUAUGGGUGCCAGACUGCUUUUGGUGCUACCAAAGUGGUCACAUGUCGACUCAGUUACCCAAACCAGCAGGGUUUACAUGUCCGAUAUCAUUGACAACGCCAGCAACCAUCAAAACCAUUGUUGGAAAGACCAAGAUAGAGGGUCAAAACAUUGGGUGGGGUCUAGUCACUCCGGAAUAUUCACUUGUACAUGUCAUUCCAAACUCUAAUCUAUUACUCCAAAUAUCUCAAUAUGCCAAUUACCUUGUCGAGAAACCUCUGGCGGUCUCAUUUUUAGCCGGUGGCUCUGCAGAGUAUAACUACACAUUUAAUGUUCAAGAAGUUGGAAUAUUAUUUAAUUCAGCGAUAUUUACUUUUAUUCAGCAACCUGGUGCAGUUACAUUUAUAGUAGGAUUUAGAUUGUAUAAUCCCAACAUUCCUCACACUGCCACUAUUGAUGACACUAUCGAUUGUGUACAAGAUCUUGGUGAAGACACCAAACAAUUUUUCACUUGUUAUUCAGUUCUUGUUACCAAAGCCUACACUAUGACUAUUUCAAAUGCUUAUACAAUGUCAAGUUUCCAAUUUAAUUAUAUUCAAAAAUAUCCUGUAGUUUCAUCUGGAUCAGUUAAUAAUGGAACGACAGGAGAUUCAAAAUUAAUUAGUUUGACAGGUGAUUUUGGAAACAAUGGUCAGAAUAAUGCAUCUGUAUUUAUCAAUGGUACCAUACCAUGUAUUGUAAGCUUUGCAAGUCGCGAUAUUAUCAAUUGUACCAUUUCAUCAUUAAAUAGUUUUGGUAGUGCAUCUUUAAUGGUUUCAGUUGACGGUGCUCUAUUUAAUAGACCUAAUAUGCUUUAUUUUGCACAACCACCAAAUAAUAAUAAUAAUGGAGGAGGGGGAUCACUAAAAGAAAAGUGUGAAAAAGAUACUCAUAAUUGUUAUGGUAAUGGUCAAUGUCAAGACAAUGGUCAAUGUUUAUGUAAUACUAAUUAUAAUCCAACUGAUAAUUGUUUAACUCAAUUUUUCAAUGAAACAAUACCAAUUGAAGCAAAUCAAACUGCACCAACUACAAGAUUUGAAAUUGAUGGUGUUGAAUUUUUAUUUGAAUUAUAUUCAAUUCAAGAAUUGGAUGUUGACGGAGAGACUGUUAUACACGAAGUGAUUGUUGAUAAUUGGAAUUCGACUAUAACAACAUCUACCAAUACAACAACAGCCAAUUAUGUAUUACUAUCAAAUGAGACUACUGCACAAGUGGAAGCAGACAUUUCAUUCUCUGCCACUGCAAGACAAGCCACUUUUGGAGAAACCAAUUUCACAAUCAAUCCAAACUCUAUCAAAGUGUCGGUAUCUAUCAACAAUUGGGAGUAUUCAAGUAAUAUAGCAACACUACGAGUUUUAUUUAAAACAGUAUUGAGUAACAACCAAGCAGUUGGAGUAUGUGGAGAACAACAAUCAAUCGAUUCUUUGUCAUACGACUUUUCAGGUAGUACUAUACAAUACCUAAGAGUUGCCAAACAAGGUAUACAAUUUACAGGUAGAUUCUUGGAUUAUGUCGUAUCGGAUGGUCGUACCACUUACUCCAAGACAGAAUUGGUAUCUUUGAAAUCACUCAACGGUAGCAGCAGCGAUCAAUCAGUUGCUAUGAUUGGUAUCAACUUUCCUCAAUGUCAGUCAUGUUUACUUGACCCCGACUUUACACCAUUGAUCAUUGACAAUAGUCGUAUUACUGGGUGUCCAAGUGAUUCCUCCAACACUUGGAAAAUCAUCGUCGGUGCUUGUGUUGGUGGAGUAGUCUUUAUAGCAUUGCUAGUAGCUAUCAUAUUUUAUUUAAAAGAUAGUAAUACUUUUAGAUUAAGAAUAAGAAAUGCAAAAAUUAGUCUAUUGUUGAUAGUAUUCAAUACUAGUAGUAGUAGUGUAAAAGCAGGUGAUCUACCAACAGAUGAACUGCAAUGUAAGAUUACAAAGAAAUUAAGAUAUAAAAGGAAAAUGAUGGUUUGGAUUAUAAGACAAUAUGGAUUGUUUUCAGUACCUCAAAACCAAACACUAUGUUCGUAUGGUGUGUUUGGUUGUAUGACUGAUCCAGAAACAAACCUAAAUCAUAUUCAAUCAAUAAUUCAAUGUCCAACAGUAAAAUUUAUACCAAAUGAUUUUCCAACUGGUUUACCUUUAUUGAAAUCGUUUGACUCUCUCGAAAGUCCUGUUACAAUGGCUCCAACCUUUUUUAAUAAUUCCAAUUUAGAGAUAAUUAAUAUUGGAUCAUCGGUAUUUGGAUCUUUUAGAAUAGAUGAAUCUCUAAAUCUACCUCUACUCUACCAAUUAAAGUUCAAUGUCAAUUCAACGAUAAGCCCUAGUGUUACUUUUACAUCAAAGACUUUCCCAAAGUUACUCAAUCUUAUCAUUCAGAGUGAUACUACUAAAAAAAUAACCGUUUUUAUUAAUACCUCUCCACCUCAAUUAUUAGAUGUAGCAUUAAUUAGAAAAUCAAACGGUACUAUCUCUCAACGUCAAGUAAAUUUCGAUUUAAGGGUGUUGAACCCUUUAUCACUAGCUAGGGUGGCAUUGGUAGGUGAAAGUUCAACAAUUACACCAUUCCCUUUGGAUUCCUAUAAAAAUCUAGAUUCAUUGUCGAUUUCAUACUCAACAUUAACAACCUAUCCAUUUACAAUACCUUCCCCAAAUUUAUUGUCAUUACUAUUGACCGAAUCAAUGUUUGCCUCUAUUCCAAAUGUUCGACUUCCUUCUUCACUGCUCUAUUUAAAUUUUGCAGGUAACAAUCUAAAUGGAGGUAUACCUUGGGAUUACUUUGAAAACAUUAAUUCUCCUUCAAUUAACAUUGAAAAUAAUCCCUAUGUAAUUGGAUCAGUUUCAGAAGAUGUAUGUCAUUCUAAAUUGAAUAUCAAGGGAACAAAUCUUACAAGUGCUCCAAAUUGCCUGUGGUGCUAUUUUGAUGAAGGUGUUCUCUUGACCAAUCUGAACCCACCAUCCACAAUGGUUUGCUCUCCAUCGGUUGAUAAUGCCGAGGUGUUUACAAUAUUCGGCAGUGCCAUCAUAACAGGUUCGCUUCUUGGGUAUGGUAAUCCUUCACAACCACUUUAUACACUCAAUGCAAUCAUACCCAACAAGAUGUUAAAGAUUCAAAUGAAACCUCCAUUUUCAAACUACUAUACCAAAACAAAUAUGGCUAUUCUCACAUCCAACAUGUAUUCAUACUCUGUGCCAUUGGCCAUCCUUGAGGUUGGAUUCAACGCCACUACCAUCGAUGCAGUGCAAGUGGCUCAUUCCGUCAUUUUUUCAUUCGCAUUUUCAGCAAUCAAUCCCACCAUUGAAUAUUCUGCCGAUAUUGGUCCCACAGUGAUCUGUCAAAAUCCACAAAUCGACUCAGUCACAGGUUUAUUAACUUGCUCUACUCGAGGUGCCCUACCCACAGGAUCAUAUAAUAUAUCCAUUUUCAAUGAAUUCUAUUCAUCUUCUAUCAUUUAUCAAUAUAAUCAAAAGUACCCAGUUGUAAAUUCAGCAGAAAUUAACGAUUUUAAUAGUACAAAAAAGGUUAUUAGUUUAUUUGGAAAUUUUGGUUCUCAAGUCGAUGUUACUAUCAUCUUUAACAACACUGUACCAUGUAUUCCUAAUCACCUUUUCAUGUCAAAUAUAAAUUGUACAAUUGAUGCCUCUAGCUUGGGGUAUGGGUCUGCAUCUAUUUUUGUUUCUUCUGACGGAGCAAACUUUACACGUUCCAAUAUGUUCUAUGUUCAACCUCCACCAUCUUCAAACAACGGCUCGACAACAACUAGUUCCACCUCUGGAGGAAACUCACCUACUCCAAAAGAAAAAUGUCAACAAACAACACAUAAUUGUUAUGGUAAUGGUCAAUGUCAAGACGAUGGUUCAUGUCUAUGUAAUACAGGUUAUAAUCAAUUUGAUAAUUGUUUAACAAAACCUAUAAAUAAUACAGUACCAAUUGAAUUUAAUACAACUGCACCAGUAACAAGAUUUGAAAUUGAUAAUAUUGAAUUUAUGUUUGAAAUGUAUUCAGUCCAGGAAUUAACAUUUGAUGCAGUCUCUCAGGAAGUUUUAACAGAGAGUUGGAAUUCAAACAUUACAAAACAAGGGGAUCUGACUGUUGCCAACUACACUUUAAUCAGUAAUGAUACAAGUGCAAAUAUAACAGCCACCAUUUCCUUUUCAUCACAACAAAGAAUUAUAUCUUUUGGUGGUAAAAAUCUAACCAUUCCACCAAACGCUAUCAAGGUGGCAGUUUCCAUUAACAAUUGGCAAUUCCAAAGCAAUAUUGGUACUCUUCGUGUUAUCUUUAAAACAAUUGUCAACAAUCAACAAGGAAUCAGCGUUGGUUGUGAUGAGCAAGAAAAUGUAGAUCUAUUUGCCUACGAUUUCUCAGGCAAUACCAUUCAAUACUUAAGAGUUUUAAAGGAAGGUAUUCAGUUUACAGGAAGAUUCUUGGAUUAUGUUGUAUCAGACGGUAGAUCAACCUAUUCUACCACAGAACUAGUAUCAUUUCAACCAAGAAACAACAGUGCAGAUGAAUCAAUUGCCAUGAUUGGUAUCAAUAUGCCUCAAUGCCAGUCAUGUUUGCUUGACCCAGACUUUACACCAUUGAUCGUCGAUACAAGUCGCGCGGUUGGGUGCCAAGACGUUGAUUCAAAUAUAUACAAUAUUUAA